CCCACACCACAACAAAAAAAAAAAAAAAAAAAGGCCAAAAGACAGUAGCAGUCCACACUCCACAGUGAGAGUUCGUGGGGAUAGAGAGAGAGAGCGAGGAGGGAGUGGAGUAUCAGCUCCUCUGAUUCGGAAUCUGAAAGCCACGGAAUUGAAGAAGAAGAAGAAGAAGAAGAAGAAGAAGGGAGAUUGGACAUGAGCUGAAAAAAAAUAUUUCGACUUCUGGGUGAAUUCUGGAGGAGGAGGAGGAGGAGGAGGAGGAGGAGGCGGAGGCGGUGGCGGUGGGGAAGAAAGCUCAGUGGUCUGUGAAGGAGGAGAGAAAGCUUUGGGAGGGAAACUAUUUUGUGUCUGCUUUUACUUCGAAUUCUCUCUGGGCGAUCCUCCAACAGGUCAGAUUAACAAUAGAGCAUCGCUGUCUGUCCCUUUCUAAUCUCUUUCUGUCUGGGGCCGCAUCAAUUUCUAUCUGCUCAUUCACACUCUCCUCAGUGAGAUUUGAGUGUUCUUUAAAAAUUUGAGGAUAAAAAAGGGGGCCACCUUGAGUUUGAGCUCUCCAAGGAGCCUUUUCUUGGUCCUUUUUGGCUGCGUUUAAUUAUUUGCUUCCUGAAUCUGAAUACAACAAGUACUUGAAGUGGGUGCUCGCCUGACCUAUCCCUCAGAGGUGACUAGAAUUCGUGCUGUUACUGCAAUCUGCCUGUUGAAAUUGUACGACUGGUGCUGCUCCCACAACAGUUGUGAAUUGAAUCCGUGGUACCAGUUCAGAUUGUUAAGUGGGAUUUCAAAGUUCAUUGGACUCAAUUUGGAGGGAACUCUCUGUACAGUACAUCUCUCAAGUUGUUCCCAGUUUGGGGGUCUCGAAGCUUCUUGGUGUAAGAAAAUCGCAUCGGAUUGGCUUUUCCCCAGACAGACUAAUUUGCCUGAAUUUGAUCUCGGCAGUUGAAAAAAAAGGGCGGAGCAUUACUACUUUUGGAGACUUGCUUUGGUCGGUGCAGGUGGAUUAUGGAUACAUCAUGACAUAAUGCAGCCCCCAAAUCGUCAUCUGAGAAUUAAUCUCUCCGAGCUGAAAGCUCGGCUGGUCAAGAGGCUUGGGCCUGAGAGGUCAGAUCAGUAUUUUGAUUGCUUGAGUAGAUUGUUGAGUUUGAGAUUGAGCAAGUUUGAAUUCGAUAAGCUCUGCCUGAAGCUCCUUGGCAAGGAGAAUUUGCCGCUUCAUAAUCAGCUUAUACGUGCAGUCUUGCAGAAUGCCUGUAGUGCGAAAAUUCCCCCUCCCAUGCCUGGUCACAUCAGAGGGGCUUGUCUUGCUUCUGAGAAUGAGCCCUUACCACUAAGGAAGAACUCGAUAACCUCUCCGCCGCUGAAUGGGGAGAGAAAUUUGGUGUCCCGUCCUGAUUGUUUGGGGAAUAAAAUCGGCUAUGGGGUAUUGGAGAGCGGGACCUUAAAAUCCUGUGACUCGCAGAAGCCGUUGCAGCAUCAUCAAGAGCUCAUGGGGGAUAUAUUUGUUUCGGGUUAUAACAGGGGGAAGAGUCGGGCCCUAGUUGUUGAAGGGGAAAAUAAUGUCUAUGAAUUCAGCAGAAGUCAACUCCAGGCUCCUGUUGGGACUCCGUGUCAUCCAGGCACAGCGAGGAGCCGAUGUUCAAGAUCGUACGAUAGUGGUGGGUUGCUCAACACAGACUCAUUGAGAGAACAAAUGCAGCAUAUAGCAACAUAUCAGGGCCUUGAAGGGGUAACAGUGGAUUGCGCGAGUCUGUUGAACAUCGGGUUAAAUUCUUACUUGAAGACACUGAUUGGUUCCUGCAUCCAAUUGGCACGAACAAGGAGUGUGAGCAAGUUGUGUCAACAUAGAAGUUUCCAGAGGGACCAACUUCAGCAGAAGCUAGUUAAUGGUGUCUUCCUUCAAGAAGACACAUUGAGAUUCCCAAUAACUAUGUCGGACUUCAAAGCUGCGAUGGAGCUUAGACCACAAGAGCUCGGGGAGGAGGACUGGCCUCUGCUGCUUGAGAAAAUCAGUGUACAUGCAAUGAAGGGAUAGGGCUUUUUUUUUUGGUGCCUCGAAGUUUCAAGCAGCCUCAGUGGUUCGUGAUGUCACAUUACUUGUUAAGUAGAGUAGCAGAAUAUAAUCAAAAGGAAAGUCGGAUCAUUGUCUGCACAGAAAUAAGCGUGAAAAAUCUGCAGAAUUGAGGAGGCAUGUUAUAUUACUCAAAACAGUAGUAGCUAUGUACAGUAGUAGCUUUCCCUCUGCAGCACUGUUACCUAAUUUGAUCCGUCAAGAGGUCGCGGUCGCUAAUUCGUCGUUAUUGUUGCUGGUACUGAUGCCAAUGAUGGCAAUGAUGAUGAUGAUGAUGAUGAUGAUGAUGAUGAAACUCUUUAGCUGCUUGCUCUGGGAACAAUUUGUUAAUUUGGAUACGAUACGGUACAAUAUGACUCGCAUUAAUUAUUUGAGGGGAAUAUUGGAGGGGAGAGGAAGGGAAGGGAAGGUCAUCGGAUGUUCGGGGUUGGAGAUCAAGUGAGCGGCAGCAAUGGAGAAAUGCUGCUCGGACUCAGAAGAAGACCUUAGAAGCAACUCCCACAUCACCUGCACAUUCUGACAUUCGCAGCUCUGCACAUCAUCCUUCAGCUUCAGAAUUCCGUCACCUGAAUUUAAUAAUAAUGAAGUAUACAUACAUUAAUUACAUCAAAGGCUUGUUAAUUUUAUC